AUGAGUUCUAAUGUUCUGUGCCUCUGCGUCUUGUUUUCCUUUCAGAGUGUUUUGUGCAUUUUUGUCAUCUUUGCUUUGGCCGCCAGCUAUGCCGCCUCAAGUGAACCCAAACAAUCCGAAGUAGAUGCCUCCUUGGCCGAGAAGAAAACCGAAAAACGUGGCAUUUAUGGAUUCGGUUAUGGCCAUGGUUUAGGUUUAGGCGGUUAUGGUGGAUAUUAUGGCCACGGUUUGGCCGCUUAUCCUCAUUAUGGUGGUUAUGCUGCUGUCCAUCAUGGCUAUGCUGCUCCCUAUUAUGGUGGUCAUGGUUACUAUCCUUAUCAUCAUGGACUCUAUCAUUAGGAGGCCCUGGCGGGGGAGAUU